UCUCAUGCACUUGCGGAAGUGGCUUUGGGAAGUGGAACACCGGUAACCACACCAGAAGUGCAAUGGAAUUACUGUGCGUAGUCCUUGGUUUAUGUCUGUAUUUCUCAGCUGCAGCUGCAGCAGAUUCCAAGGCGGUAACAAUGUCACUGACUACCAAGUGGCCUUCAACACCCUUAAUACUGGAAGCAAGUGAAUUUAUAGCAGAAGAAAGCUCAGAUAAAUUCUGGAGUUUUGUGGAUGAAAACCAAUCACUUCAAGAUCAAGGUUCUGAUCAUUCAAAUUAUCUUUUGAUAUUGAAAAGUGCUGGCCGCUAUCUCUCACCCAUGCAGCAAAACCUAAUGAAGUUCGCCUUGUCGCUACGCUCUUACUCAGCCACUGUGCAGACGUUCCAGCAGAUAGCAGCAGAUGAGUCCCCUCCGUCAGGCUGUAGUGCUUUUAUUGUGGUGCAUGGGGAGAAAACCUGUGAUCCUAAUAACUUGUCAUCACUUCUCAGAACAGCAAAAGACAGACCGAAACCUUUCUUAUUCAAAGGAGAUCACAAGUACCAAGUUACCAACCCUGAGAGCCCUGUGGUUAUACUCUAUGCACAGAUUGGCACCCAAGGCUUUGCCAAUUUCCACCAUUUGCUUUCUACAAAGGCCAGAGAGGGAGUGAUUUGCUAUGUGCUCAGGCACUUUGUUGCUAGCCUCGGUGCAGAAAAGGUUUUUCUCUCUGGAUACGGUGUGGAGUUGGCAAUUAAAAGCACUGAAUACAAAGCUAAAGAUGAUACUCAAGUGAAAGGAAAUGACGUGAAUGCCACAAUGAUGCAGGCAGAUGAUCCAGUGGAUGAGGUGCAGGGAUUUCUCUUUGGGAAGCUCAGGCACCUGUAUCCAAGUCUGAAGGAGCAGUUGGAAGAACUGAGGAAGCACUUAGUAGAGAGCACUAAUGAAAUGGCACCUCUCAAAGUAUGGGAGUUACAAGAUCUUAGUUUCCAAACUGCUGCACGUAUUCUGUCAGCACCGACGUCUGAAGCAUUGAUGGUUAUGAAGGAUCUGAGCCAGAACUUUCCUACCAAGGCCAGGGGGUUAACCCGGACUGCAGUUGACUCUGCUAUUCGUAGUGAAAUUGAAGAAAACCAGAAAUACUUUAAGGGUACGUUAGGGCUGCAGCCUGGAGAUUCUGCACUGUUUAUCAAUGGAUUGCCCAUUGAUCUGGAAAGCCAAGACAUCUUUAGCUUGUUUGAUACACUUCGUGAUGAGGCUCGUGUGCUGGAAGGUCUGCAUCGCUUGGGAAUUGAAGGCUCAGCCUUGCACGAUGUUCUGAAACUUAACAUUCAGCCAUCCAAUGCAGACUAUGCUGUGGAUAUCCGUAAUCCUGCCAUAUUUUGGGUGAACAAUUUGGAGCUUGACAGCAGAUACAACUCCUGGCCAUCCAGUGUUCAAGAGCUACUGCGCCCCACCUUUCCUGGAGUCAUCCGACAGAUCCGCAAAAACUUCCACAACUUUGUUCUAAUAGUUGACCCUGUCCAUGAAUCCACUUCAGAGUUAAUAAAUGUGGCAGAAAUGUUCCUCAGUAAUUAUAUUCCAAUCAGGAUAGGUUUGGUGUUUGUGGUGAAUGAUUCGGACGACAUUGAUGGCUUACAAGACCCAGGGGUUGCUCUGCUUAGAACAUUUAACUACGUGGCUGAUGAAGUUGAUAAUUAUCAUGCAUUCCAAAUUGUUACAUCGAUCUACAAUAAGGUCCGUAGUGGAGAGAAGCUGACUGUUAAACAUGUGACAAGUGUACUAGAACAGAAGUAUCCAUAUGUGGAGAUUAGUAGCAUUUUAGGACGUGAUUCUGCUUACGACCAGUUCAGGAAGGAAGGAAAAGAAUAUUUCCUGCAGACUGGAUUGUCCCCACUUCCAGUCGUACUGUUUAAUGGAGUCCCAUUUCAAAAAGACCAACUGGAUCCUGAUGAACUGGACACAGUGACCAUGCACAAAAUCAUUGAGUCAACCAGUUUCUUCCAGAGAGCCACAUAUCUGGGAGAACUGACAAAUGAUCAAGAUGUUGUAGAUUAUCUUAUGAGCCAGCCCAAUGUUAUUCCCAGAAUUAAUUUAAAAAUUCUAGAUCUGGAGCGGGAAUACUUGGAUUUAACAGCAACCAACAACUUCUUUGUGGAUGAUUAUGCCAGAUUCACAUUUUUGGAUUCAAGUGCUAAGAGUGCAGCAGUGGCCAACAGCAUGAAUUACCUAACAAAGAAAGGAAUGUCCUCCAAGGAGAUCUAUGAUGACACCUUUGUAAGACCAGUUACCUUCUGGAUUGUGGGGGAUUUUGAUAAACCCUCCGGUCGCCAGCUGUUGUAUGAUGCCAUAAAACAUCAGAAAUCCAGCAACAAUGUUCGAAUUGGCAUGAUAAAUAACCCCAGCGACAACCCCUCUUCUGAGAAAACUCAAAUUGCACGGGCCAUCUGGGCUGCUCUUCAGACUCAAAAUUCCAACAAUGCCAAAAAUUUUAUAACUAAAAUUGUCAAGGAGGAAAACGCUAAGCUCCUAGACGCUGGAGGCGAUAUCAUGGCAUUCACAGUGGGAGGAAUGGAUGUCAACCUAUUCCGUGAAGCCUUUGAAGCUACCAAGGUUGACUUUAUCUUAUCCCAUGCGAUGUACUGCCAGGAUGUUCUUAAGAUGAAGAAAGGUGAUCGAGCUAUCAUAGCCAAUGGGAGGAUUGUUGGACCUUUGAAGAAAGGAGAUGCAUUUAAUCAAGAUGAUUUCCACCUUUUGGAGAACCUGAUCCUCAAAACUUCGGCACAGAAGAUUAAAUCUCACAUCCAGAAGCUGGGAGUAGAGGAAGAUCAUGCUAGCGAUCUGGUGAUGAAGGUAGAUUCACUGUUAUCGUCACAACCAAAAGGAGAAAGCAGAGUUGAUUACCAAAUGGCAGAAGACCAGCACAGUGCCGUUAAACUAAGGCCUAAAGAAGGAAUGACUUACUUUGAAGUUGUUGCCAUUGUGGAUCCUGUAACUAAAUCAGCUCAGCGACUGGCCCCAUUACUCCUGGUACUGAACCAAAUUCUUAAUAUGAAUAUACGGGUAUUUAUGAACUGCCAGUCCAAGUUAUCAGAAAUGCCCUUGAAAAGCUUUUAUCGGUUUGUUUUGGAGCCAGAGGUAAUGUUUACACCAGAGAAGAUGUUUAUGUCUGGUCCAAUUGCAAAAUUCUUAGACAUGCCACAGUCUCCUCUCUUCACUCUUAACCUUAAUAUUCCAGACAAUUGGAUGGUUGAGCCAGUGCGGACUCCUUAUGACUUGGAUAAUAUCUAUUUAGAAGAGGUGGAUAGUGUUGUUGCUGCAGAAUUUGAGCUGGAGAAUCUGCUCCUUGAAGGCCACUGUUUUGAUGUUACUACCGGGCAGCCACCCAGAGGUCUCCAGUUUGUAUUGGGGACAGCCACUAACCCUGUCAUUGUGGAUACCAUUGUCAUGGCCAAUUUAGGUUAUUUCCAGCUAAAAGCUAACCCUGGUGCCUGGGUUCUUCGUCUGAGAAAGGGUCGUUCAGAAGACAUAUAUAAUAUUUACAGUCAUGAUGGAACAGAUUCACUUCCUGAGGCCUCAGAAGUGGUGGUUGUACUUCAUGAUUUCAGGAGCAAAAUUAUUAAAGUCAAGGUUCAGAAAAAGCCAGAUAAGCUUAAUGAAGAUCUUCUUAGUGAUGGUACUAGCGAGAAUGAAUCUGGAUUCUGGGAAUCUAUCACAUGGGGACUUACAGGAGGUCAGAAACCAGAAGAAGCUAAACCAGAUAAAGAUGAUGUGCUGAAUAUUUUCUCCCUGGCUUCUGGACACUUGUAUGAGCGCUUCCUAAGAAUUAUGAUGUUAUCAGUUUUGAAAAACACACAGACUCCAGUGAAGUUCUGGUUUUUGAAGAAUUAUUUAUCUCCUACCUUUAAGAACUUCAUACCUCACAUGGCCAAAGAGUACAACUUCCAGUAUGAACUUGUUCAGUACAAGUGGCCAAGAUGGCUUCACCAGCAAACUGAAAAACAGAGGAUAAUCUGGGGCUACAAAAUCCUCUUUCUGGAUGUACUUUUCCCUCUAGCUGUAGAUAAAAUCAUCUUCGUAGAUGCAGACCAGAUUGUACGGACUGAUCUCAAGGAGUUGCGAGAUUUUAAUUUAGAUGGUGCCCCAUAUGGAUACACUCCUUUCUGUGACAGCCGGAGAGAGAUGGAUGGUUAUCGCUUCUGGAGAUCCGGGUACUGGGCCAGUCACUUGGCCGGACGAAAGUAUCACAUCAGUGCCUUAUAUGUUGUGGACUUAAAGAAAUUCCGAAAAAUAGCUGCUGGCGACAGGCUGAGAGGGCAAUAUCAGGGCUUGAGCCAGGAUCCUAACAGUCUUUCUAAUCUUGACCAGGACCUGCCAAAUAACAUGAUUCACCAAGUGCCCAUUAAAUCACUUCCCCAAGAGUGGCUGUGGUGUGAGACAUGGUGUGAUGAAGCAUCCAAGAAACGUGCCAAAACCAUUGAUUUGUGUAAUAACCCAAUGACCAAGGAACCCAAGCUGCAGGCAGCCGUACGAAUUGUCCCUGAGUGGCAGGAUUUUGACCAAGAAAUAAAGAAUUUAUAUAGCCGCUUCCUGGAGCAGAACGAGAAUACAACAAAGCAAGAGCCAGAAGAUCUGAAAAGGAAAGAAACAGACGUUCACAAGAAGCACGCAGAAUUAUGAUCUUUGGACAUCUUCAGGACACUGAAUUAUUAAGACUUUUUAAUAAGAAGUCAAAAUAUGUUGGAUUUUUAAUUUUACAGAAUGUCUGCAAAACUGCUGAAUGGUGUGAUGAGAUGUGGUAUUUUGGGUAUUUAUAUUUUGGGGUAUGAUUGAGUUUUUAGGUGAUACCAUCCUAUGGCCAUAUUUUCAGCGCUGAUGAAGCUCAUGCUAUCAGGAACUGCAUGGUGUCACCAUAAUAUUCCAAGCCAAAUAAAUUAUUACUUUAAUAAUGAUAUUAAAGGGACAUUGUGCUCGAAAUUUUUGUUAUCUAAAAAUGUAGAUAUUUUUUUUUGUGGGGUGGGGGCAUGGAAAUAAUGUGAAGUAAAGACUGUUUAUUGAAAUUGAAACUAAUACAGCUCUACCAGUUGUGCACUUCUUACUUAUGCUCACUGGCUAAUAGGUAUUUCCUGCUAAUUCUCAUUGGCUGAUAGGCACUGCUUGCUUAUGAUUACUGAGUACCUACCAGCCAAUAAGCUUUAGUACUAAGUGCACAGCUGAUACUGGCAUAUUAGUUGAAAUGUAAACAGCUUUUACUUCAUAUUUUUGAGCACAUUGUCAUUCUAAAUCAACCCAGAAAAGAUGGCUUGCAUGGGAAAAAUAAACCACUUUAAUUCAUGUGAUACAGGGUAUCACUUUAGCCAUAUAGUUCUGGAUCUUCAGUAGAUCCCAAAUACCUGUAUGCUGAUGCUUAGCCAUAUAAUUCUGUGUUUGUGCUGCUUUUAUAUGAAAGAGGAAAUAUUUCUAAAUCCUUUUUUUUUUUUUUUUUUUUUUUUUUAAUUUGUAAAUGCAGUAACCCCUCAAUGUAGCAUCCCCCUAACAUCUGAACCAUUUAAUUACAAAAGUUGCCAAUUACCUGUAAAUAGUUUUAUAAAAACAAAAUCAUUUCCAUUACAAACAGAUCUGUUAUGAUGGCAGGAUUAGAAAGUGUUGCAAUUUGAACACUGAGUAUUAGGCACUAUAAUGUGCCACUGAAGGAAUUUAGAAUACUGAAGUUUUAUUAGAAGUGUCAUAUUUGUAAUGAGUUCAGGAGCACCAAAUAAUGUGUUCAUUUUCUAAUUAUACCUUUAGUGUCUGCCUUGAGGUACUUGCACAUCCCCGCGUUUAAAAAAUAAUUACUUAAAAGUGGUCUGAUCUGAAAGUCUGUGUUCUUUGAAUCGUAUUUUUAAAUAGUUUUUUUGUACAUUUCUUUUCAAACAUAUUGAUAAAAAGGGACUUUAUCACCAA